UCUGUUUUAAUGUGAGGGAAACCAAGUCAUUUUUUGUUUUUGUUUUUGUUUUUUUCUACUAAUAGUAUUUAGAAUUUGUCUAAACAGAGGAUGAGAAGAGUCACUCUUUUUGUCAACGGGACCUCCAAAAAUGGAAAGGUUGUAGCUGUGUACGGCACACUGUCGGAUCUGUUAUCGGUCGCCAGCAAUAAGUUGGGAAUCAAGGCGAUGAGUCUGUACAAUAGCAAAGGGGGCCUGAUCGACGAUAUCGCCCUGAUCAGGGACGAUGAUGUCUUGUAUGUGUCUGAGGGAGAUCCCUUUAUAGAUCCUCAACAUGACGCAAAGGCACAUGCAGACACCUCAGGCUCUCACACCGAUUGGUUGACGCUGAACAUCGGUGGGCGGCUUUUCACGACCACACGGAGUACCCUGGUCACUAAAGAACCAGAGAGUAUGCUCGCUCACAUGUUCCGAGAGAAGGACGUCUGGGGAAACAAGCAGGACGAGCGUGGAGCGUAUCUGAUCGACCGGAGUCCCGAGUACUUCGAGCCCAUCCUGAACUACCUGAGACACGGCCAGCUAAUCCUCAACGACGGCAUUAACCUGCUGGGCGUGUUGGAGGAGGCCAGAUUCUUUGGAAUUGAACAGCUUGCUGAGCAGCUGGAGGUAGUCAUUAAGAACUCCCAUCCCCCUGAAGACCACUCUCCAAUCUCUCGUAAGGAGUUUGUGCGAUUUCUCCUGGCCACGCCCACCAAAUCGGAGCUCCGCUGUCAGGGCCUGAAUUUCAGCGGUGCGGAUCUCUCCCGUCUGGAUUUGCGCUACAUCAACUUUAAGAUGGCGAACCUGAGUCGAUGUAACCUCACCCACGCCAACCUGUGCUGCUCUAACCUGGAGAGAGCCGAUCUCUCAGGGGCUAACCUGGACGGUGCUAAUCUACAGGGUGUGAAAAUGCUCUGCUCUAAUGCUGAAGGAGCUUCACUCAAAGGAUGCAACUUUGAAGAUCCCUCAGGUCUAAAGGCCAACCUGGAAGGUGCCAACCUGAAAGGGGUGGACAUGGAGGGCAGUCAGAUGACUGGCAUUAACCUGCGUGUGGCCACGCUGAAGAACGCCAAGCUGAAAAACUGCAACCUGAGAGGCGCCACGCUCGCGGGCACGGACCUGGAGAAUUGUGACCUGUCAGGCUGUGACCUGCAGGAGGCCAACCUGCGGGGGUCUAAUGUGAAGGGGGCGAUAUUUGAAGAGAUGCUGACUCCGCUGCACAUGUCCCAGAGCGUCAGAUAACUCCCUCCUCUCCUCUCCUCUCCCCUCCCCUCCCCUCCCAAAUACACCGUUAUUAAUGGGCUCAGGGUGGCCAACU